UCUAAUUGUACCGCCAACUACUGCCAGAGCAGAAGAGCAGAACAGAAAACUGAUCGUUUGCUUCAUCAACGACAACAACCUUCCCAAAGAGAAGGAUGACACAAGGGCUUCUUCUAUGGAGUCCUUGCCAAAACCUUCUCUUCCUGCGAACCCCUCUUCCAUUUUCAACCCACGGAAUCAAACUCCCCCAACUAUCAGUCUCUGCGACUCUGGAAUCCACCAGCACCACCACCAACAACGCUAGCUGCCAAGAAGAGCUCAGUGCCCGAGAGAGAAGGCGUCUCAGAAACGAGAGAAGAGAGAGCAAAGCCGGCAAUAACUGGAGAGAAGAAGUGGAAGAGAGGCUUCUCAAGAAACCUAAGAAGAUUUAUAAGUCCUGGACCGAGGAGCUCAACCUUGAUAACCUUGCUAAGUUGGGUCCCCAAUGGUGGGUCGUCCGGGUUUCUCGGGUCAGGGGUCAUGAGACUGCAGAACUCAUCGCUCGUUGCCUCGCCAGGAACUUUCCUCACAUUGAUUUUAAGGUCUAUGCUCCUGCCAUCCAGGUGAAGACGAAAUUAAAAAAUGGUUCCUACUCAGUUAAACCAAAACCACUAUUCCCAGGGUGCAUUUUUUUAAGGUGCAUAUUGAACAAAGAGAUCCAUGACUUUAUAAGAGAGUGUGAUGGUGUUGGAGGCUUUGUUGGUUCUAAGGUUGGAAAUACGAAAAGACAGAUCAACAAACCGAGGCCAGUUUCUGAGGUUGACAUGGAGGCAAUCUUCAGACAGGCAAAAGACGAACAAGAAAAAAAUGAACAAGCAUUUGAGGAACAGCAGCAAAAAGAAUCCCUUUAUUCUGGGACGCUCAAUCUGGAAUCUAAUUUAGAUUCUAAUGAUGCGACAGAGUCUACUGUAGAUACCAAACCCAAAGGGAAAUCUAAGAAGCCUUCUGAUUUACUCACAAAUAGUUCAUCUAAAAGAAAAGGUAACAAACGUUUUACUCCAGGUUCUACUGUUCGAGUUGUAUCUGGGACUUUUGCAGAGUUUGAAGGCAUCCUUAAGAAGGUGAAUCGCAAAACAGGAAAGGCAACUGUGGGAUUUACACUGUUUGGGAAAGAGAGCUUAGUAGAUCUAGAUGUCAAUGAUAUUGUUGCAGAGACAAAGUGAUAUAAAUACUUUUUUGUGAUCAUGCUAUUCUUAAAUGGUAGCUGAUUCAUUAAUAUAAGUGGGGUAAGAAGAAGACUGGCCUGCCCCAGCCUAAAGGGUGGUCCUUCCAUCAUACGUUACAUUCUUCUCUACAUUUUCGAAGGCGUUUUUGGAAGGCACCGAGCUAUUAAAUGAGCCAGCAAAUUCCAUAAAGGUUGUCUCGGAGUAAGAGAGAAAAUUCCUGUUGUUUUUGGUACCCUUUCUGCAAAACUAGUGACUGCUCACUUACUCUUUUUCCUCUUUUCUUUUCUUUUUUCCUUAGUAUUUGAAUUGGGGAUGGGGAAUAGUACUUAAUUCAGCUGAAAUCAAUGGAAACUAGCCUAUAAUAUUUCUUA